AUGAAAAGCAUUAAAUAUUUAUUUUUCGCCAGCUUUGUCUAUUGCCAGAUAUAUAUUGAGUUACUUUACAGCUCUUAUACUGAUUUUUCAUUGGUUUCAGCAAUUUUGGAUUCGCUUCAACAAAAAUAUUUUAACCAAGUUGAAGUUAGGCUUAUUAAUUUAAGCAUAAUGCCCAAUCAGCUUACUUCAGAAGAAAUGCCCCAGAUUGCAAUAGAUUUGACUUUUGCUUUGUCUUUAUCGAGCUUGAUAAAGCAAUAUGCUUCUCAAAACGAAAUAAUACUUUUUUCGAUACAAAAACCUUCUCCCUCUUUUAACGAAUGAGAAUUCUUUACACAUCCAUCGGAAGAGACCCAACUUAAUGCACUUGCAGCCAUCAUAUCUUAUCUGAAUUGGGAAAAAAUAAUUUUUAUUACUGAUUCUAAUUUUUCAAUUCUUGAUCAAAAGUUUUCAAAUAAAAAUAAAAGAAUAUUUUUUUUCCCAAGUGAUGAAGAUCAAAAAUCUGCUGAAAUUUUGAUUAAAAAAGAAAUCAAGCCUUAUGGAUGUAAGAAUAUUGUAAUUUUGAAUAAAGGGAAAGCAGCUAAAUAUUUAAUAAAAAGCAUAACAGAUGCAAAUUUACUUAAUUUGGGCACUGGGAUUAUACUAGGAAGUAAAAGUUGACAAAAUGCAACAGAAAAUGGGUUAUUUGGAUUAGUUGAAAAUGGGCUGGAAAAAGCAGAAGAAUAUUACAGCUAUGAGGUUUUAGGGAUAGAGAAAUUAGUGAAUCUCGUGCUGAGCUGCAAUCAAUGUUUAGAUACAAAAGAAAUUAGAAAUUAUUUAGAAAAAAGUGCAAUAAAUCAUCAACCAAUAUCAAAUUUUACAGUUUUAAACGUCAAAAAUAGUGAAAAAGUAAGAAUUGGAUAUAUUUUUGAGCAGGAAUUAGUUAUUCUCGAAUCCCCAAUUUUUAUUGGAAAUUCCUCUUUUAUCCCAAACUCGCCUUAUACAAACCUAACAAUUUCUAUGUCAGAUGGUGUCACAAAUCCUGACUAUCCAAAUAGUUUAUACUCAGAUAAGUUUAAAGAAGGAGCUAAAUAUGCAUUGAUGUGUGCAAAAAGAGAUAAAUUUAUAGACGGCUUUGAAAUUUUGGUAACCCACACUGACUGUGGCGCUGAAGUUUAUAAUCCAAAAUUUUCUCUUAGCUGUUUUAAGAAGCUAAAAAAUAAUCUAGGAGUUGGCCUUUUAACAGCUCCUGUUGCUCCUACAGCAUUAGGAAAUAUUGCUUCGCUGCGAGCUUUAAAUAUUUCAAUUCCUCACAUAUCUGAAUACGCAACAGCAGAAGUUUUAGCAAGCAAACAAAAUUUUCCUGAAUUUAUGAGGGUGACCAAAGACAACCGAUAUAACGCUGAAGGAGUUUUGAACCUUUUCACGAUUUUUCAAUGGAAAAGAUUUAUUAUAUUGUAUGAUGAUACUCCUGGGCAUGUCUCUUCCUACCAAUUUCUCUUAUCAAGUGUGAACAAGACAGGCAUUGAGAUUGUUAACUCUGUUGAUAAAAGAAAGGUAAAGCAAAAUUAUAACCAUAGUGAUUAUUCUACAUAUAAACCCUGGAUGGAAGAGUUUUUGCAGCUAAGAGCAAGAGUUAUUUUUCUUUUAAUACUGUCCCCUUCUCAAUUAUAUUUUGUUGAAGAUUUAUAUAAUACAGGCUUUAGGAGAGGAGACGCAAUUUUAUUUUUAUAUAAUAGAGCAAGCAGUGCUUUUGUGUAUGAGUCUGAUCCUUCAGAAGUACAGAAAUUGUGGGAAUUGUAUUAUGGGACGGUCACGAUGGACCAAGCUGAAUGAGUUGGCAAUUAUGGCCAAAAGGUAAAAUCAGGCUUUUUAAAAGCAUUUACUCAAGUCACUGAUUACCGCUGCUUCUCAUAUGACUCUGCUAUGCUGCUGUUAAACGGAAUUAAGUAUACAAUCGACCAAGGCGAAAAUGUUGAAGAUUUCACAACUUUGAACACAAAUUUGAGGCUGCAGCGUUUUCUGGGGUGUUCAGGAACUAUUUCAAUCGAUAAGAAUUCAAAUGAUAGAAGCAAAAGUGUCGUCGGGAUUUUUAAUAUUAGGUGGAUUAAGGAGUCAAAUAUAUUGUAUGAUUACCAAAUAGGAACUUAUGAUUUAGGCAGUCAGCAGCUGUUUACUUUUACUGAUAAUAUUAUUUGAUAUGACAAUUCCUCAAAUGUACCAAGCGAUUUAAUUACUUAUUCUUGUGAUUUUGACCCAAAAAUUGUGGUAUUUUCGAUGAAUGGGGCGAGAGUUUUAUAUGCGGUGGAUUCUUGUGCACUGAUUAGUAUUUUUAUUGCUUUUUCAAUAAUUAGGAAAUGCUGAUAUCAUGUAAAGAUAGAAAAACUCAUAGAGCCGCGAGCCACUGAGUUUGGAGACUACUUGGCAUAUCUUGUUAUUUUUAUUGAUUUCCUCCAGUUUUUAUUCUUAGGCCCGAAUUUUAGUGAAUACGAUAAAUACUCAAAUAAAUUGGUGAAGAUUUCUAUGUUUCGAUUAGACUUAGAAUCUCCUAAACACUCUUUUAUAUCUUAUUUUUAUGCAAGCUUGGCAUUUUCAUUUAUUAUAAUUAUUUUUAGCAUACAGAGUCUUUGAAGAUGGCAGGGAAGAUAUAAGAUAUUUUUUUUGAAUAUUUAUGAGAAAUUGCCUGAAUGAAUAAUCCCUUUUCUUUGGAAUAUAUGCUACACACCAAUAAUCUUUACUUUAUUAGGGGUAUUCCAAUGUGACCAAAGCAUAGGUAAUGAAAUUACAGACAGUUUUAUGGAAGAAGAUUGCACUAUAUUUUGUUGGAAAGACUCACAUAUUAAAUUAGUAGUUCUAUCAAUUAUUACAUUAGUUCUAUACUUGCCUGUUGCAAUGCAUUUAAAGCCAUUUUGGGAUUAUUCAGUUGCAAGUUCAAAUGUGCAGGUUAGGCCGACAUUUUUACUUGAAAAGCGUGCAUUCCAGGCUAUUAUAGUGGUACUCAACAAUACAAUACUGGCCCAUCAGCCAUCACUGUAUGGACUAAUAUAUAUUUUGCUCAUAAUGUCCUUUAUCAGCUUACAAUUUUUAAAGGAAAAACCGUAUAAUUAUAGCAGAUGCAAUCUUUGAUUAUGCAUUUCAUAUAUAGCUGUUAUUUGAAAUGUGGGUAUUUCUUCUAUAUAUGAGUUCACCAAUAAUGAGUUAUUAGAAAAAUGAACCUUGCUCCAAUAUUUAGGAUGGGCAUUUCUAUUGGUUGCUGGUGUGCUAAUACAGAAAAAAUACUGUCCGGGGCUACUAUAUUCAGAACAUCCUCCAAAUAUCGCUCUAUUUUUCAGGUUCUCAUUAAGCAAAAAAAUACCAGCUGACCAAAUAAAUAAAAUGAAUAAAGAAAAAACAGCAAGGCACCUUAUGUCUUCUAUAAGAAAAAGUGGCUUCAGCAGUUUUUCUAAUCAAUCUAUGAUUCUUCAAAUUUAUGAAAAGGCAGCUGAUGAGGUCUAG